AUGACAAAAACUAAAAACAUUCUCCUCUUCGGAACAACAGGCAGUGGCAAAUCUACCUUGGCUAAUGUGCUUUUAAACAAAAACGGUAAUUUUGAAGAAGUUUUUAAAACAAGCCAUAGUGGUAUCAGCGAAACCGAAAAGGUUCAAACUGCUGAAUUUGUUGAAGAUGGUGUUAAUUAUCGGAUAAUUGAUACAGUCGGAAUUUUUGACAAUAGAUUAACCCAAGAGGAAUUAAUUGAAAAAAUUGUUUAUGCUGUUGCUGCUACUGUUCCAACUUAUAAUUUGCUGAAAAAAGUUAUUUUUGGUGCCGACAUUGUUCCUUUUACCACUAUGGUUCGCACUGGAUUUGUUUCUUUCGAAAAUGAAGAAAAAUGCCAAGAACUUUAUCAAAAAUCGACUAACGAAGAACAUGUUCGAUCCGAAGUUGCGGAAAUAUUCCGUGAGACUAAGAGAAUAAUAGUGGAUAAUCCGCCAUUAAUGACUGAAUGGGAAUUAGAGGACGAGGAAGAAUGA